GAUGCCGCCGCUGCUCCGGCGUGACUUUCUUCUGCUGCAGCAAUGUGCUCUGUCGCUUUGCCGACAACAGACGUAAUGUCCUCCGUUGUUGAGGAGAGAAGCCCAGAAGAUGAGCUGAGGGGAAAGAAAAGAAAGAUUGCGCUGUCUCACUGUGGAGUUUGUGGCUCCGAUGAGGCGAAAUACAGGUGUCCCGGUUGUUUGACUUACUCUUGCAGCUUCGACUGUGUGAAGAAGCACAAGGAGGCGUCCAAGUGCAGCGGUGUGAGAGACAAAACGGCCUUCGUGAAGCUCACGCAGUUUGAUGAAAUGACGCUCCUGAGCGACUACAGGUUCCUGGAGGACACUGGGAGGUUUGCUGACGCUGCCAACAGAGACCAACUCAUCAGAGCUCGACCUGACAACCCCAGAGGGAAACAUCUGGCUGCCAAAGCUCGGUCCAUGAACAUCACGCUGAGGAGCCUCCCCAAAACCUUCACCAGGAGCCGAGAGAACUCCACCUUCUUCCAUAAGAAAGAGAAGCAGUUCUACUGGCACCUCAAGCUCAUUUUUCCCCAGAGCAGCACUGAGAUCUCUCAGAGGAGGGUUUCAGACACACAGAGCCUGGAGCAGAUCCUGACCCGGUACAUCCAUCCAACAGAGUCGGACCCUGUGAUGCGGCAAAAGUUGAAACUCUAUGUCCAUUCUCCGAGUGAGGACAUCAGAGUCUUCAUGAAGGGAGAAGGAAGAAAAGCCAAUUCUGUGAGAUUCCACCAGUUAGACAUGCAGAAGAGUUUGAGGGACAAUCUGAGCUACAAAAUGCUGAUCGAGUACCCGGUGCUGCACGUGGUCCUGAGGGAACACUGGAGGGACUAUCCACUGAAGGGGCCAGCUGAGACUGACACGACGAGGAGCAAGGAAACGGAGGAAGUGUCACCGCCAAGCUCUCAUAUCAUAGGAAGCACUGCCACCUCGAAAACCAGCCCGGAAUCUGUAUCGCCGCAGAGAAAACGGGCCAAGAAAGAGGGAGAGAAAGGAGACUUGGAGGAGGGCGAGGUGACGCACAGUAGCGAUGACGAAGAUCAGCAGCAGAGGGGAGGAGAACUGGGCGAGGACAGCGUCAGCCAUGCCAGCGCGCACGUCAGCCGCUCAGUGGGCGGAGCAGCUGACAAGUCCGAGUCCCCCGCUGACACUUCUGGAUCAGAGUGAUGUCGAGUGUCAGACUGAAGAACUUGUUUCUAUUUGUACAAUAAGAUGCUUUGAAUAAAUAAAAGUGGUUUUGGUUACACGCGACUUAUGACUGGUCAAGCAAAGAACAGGUUCAUCUGAAAUAGAGGUCUGUUUUUUUACCCACAAAAACUGAUGUGUUUUCAAGGAGCUGAGCUUCACUUGAUGCGUGGUCAUUUUAGCCUUUCAUGUGCUCAGAUAUUUCUUUUUAUUUUUUGCUCACGGUCACACAAUGUAUAAUACUGAGCUCAUUUUAAAUAAAACCUCUAUUCAAAAGGCUGUAUCUAAUUUCUCCAAAAUCAUUUACUAGAAGUCAAUUUAAAAUAUGUAUUUUUAGAUGAAUUAUGUCAAAACAUUGUCAGCCAAUUUAAUGUUAUUU